AACUGGUUCAUGCCAAAGAAAUGAUGGAUCACCCAACCUUUAAACGAGAGAACCACGACCGUGUCCAGGCAGUUGAGAAUUUAUUCCAUCACACAGGGAAGUCCUUGUGUAAGCCGGGCCGGAUUCUGAUCGGAGAGGGAGUUCUGGUCAAGCAGGGUCGCAAGAAGAUGCAGAAGAAAGUCUUCUUCCUCUUCAAUGACAUUCUGGUGUACGGCAGCAUUGUUGUGAAUGGUCGCUGGUACAAUAAGCAGAAGAUCAUCCCUUUAGAGGACAUAAAGCUGGAAGACAUUGAGGACAGUGAGGUAUACAAGCAUCAGUGGCUGAUCAGGACACCGAGCAAGUCUUUUUUUGUGUCAGCCCCUUCAAACAAGGACAAGCAGGCCUGGAUGGAGCACAUCGGUGAAUUCCAGUCCAGCCUCACAACGAGCAGCAACCACAAACCUAAUAAGAAAUUUGCUGUUUCCUGGCUUCCUGAUCACGUUGCAUGCAAAUGCAUGCGGUGCCUCAGUACGAAGUUCGGUGGGGCCAAUCGCCGACACCACUGCAGGAAUUGCGGCUUCUUGGUUUGCAAUUCCUGCUCCAAGCAGUGCAUCGUUAUCAAUCACAUUCACCCCACUAAAGCGCUGAGGGUCUGCAGUUUCUGCUACAAGAAAAUCAAAGAAGAGAAUUCUCGUCAGAGGGGAGAUAGCACCGGGAGGAGCAGCUCAGAGGAGGAAGAGUUGGCUCCAUCCGGUGAUGAAAUGGAGGAACCAGAGAUAGGGAUCUACUCUCCCAGCAGCUGGCUGGACACCAAAAAUGGGACAUGGGGACGAAUGAGCACUUAGAUUACCCAAAACCAGUGCUUCAGACCGCACAAUAAACUGUAACAAAGAGAAUUGGACAUUUGAAUGCAUUCAGAUUGUACAAAGUUGAUUUAGUUGCAUAAAGAAAUCCCUCUGUAUUAUUGUUUGCACCAUUUUUACUAGUUAAUUUGUGUUUUAUUCAAAUUAGGGAAUCACCUUUGGCUAUACAUGCUGUGAUUUGUGACACUGGAUAAAAUACAGAACUGUAAAUAGUAAGCUAGAAGUGAGCAAAAAAAAUCCUUUUAAAAAGCUGAGAAUAUAUAUUUAUACACAUUCAUCACUGUCAUAUCACAUGUUGUAUACAUGUUUUGAAUAUUGUUUUUAUUAAAUGAAAACACUUUCUUCUCCUUAUGCAUGUGACUCCAAAUUACAGAUUUCAGUCCUUGCAUGCAUGUGAAGUAUUUGUACCCAGUAUCUGCUCUUUUGCUGCUACUUUCCCUGUAAAAGA